CGAGCCAGGCUGCAGUGAACGCCCCUCAACGACUGUCAAGGAUUACAUCUGGGGCGCCAACGAGAAUGGCGACGAGCUCGAGUUUGCGUCAACCUUCUGCGCCGUCUUUUGAUGGUUGCGCCUUUUGCCGCACAAACGGAGAGCGCCGCUCCUUUUACUUGAGCCAUACCCUGCGUGAAGACAGCGGCCCUGGGUCAACGGGUCGCGUCACCUGUCCCGUGCUGAGGAACUACCAAUGUCCCCAGUGCGGAUGUCCCGGAGGAGAUGAAGCGCACACGCUGCGUUACUGUCCGCUGAAUCAGGACUACUUGUCCCCCUCGGUGUACAAGACGCCGCGGAAGUCGAACGGACAGCCCCGCAGGCGACCACGCGGGCCUGAGCCACGACGCUGUCGUUCCGAUGGCGCGCCGGAGGCCUCCGUCUCUGGCCGAAGGGUCGAUGUGUACAAACCGCAGGCGCCGCAAAAUUGCGCCUUGAGUCCGCAAACGCGACAAAGCUUUCAUACCGAGAAGCGAUGGAGCAGCGAGCAGUGGCAUUAAAUUAUAACGCUGGCGAGUAGCCAGGGACGACGCGAGCACAUGUCACACAGUGAGUCAGGGGUCUUAAGUUUUUUAGAUUUAGCUUUUUGAGAGCAUUAUUUCUAUUUAGUUUGAUGCGCCAUUUGACACCGUCAAGCUGUCUCAAGAAAAAAAGUAUUGUUCAUAAAUGCGUGUUUACUGCAGCACUGGCUGCCGCACUCUGGGCAUUCAUGCAGUGAAGCAUGACAGACCUAUGUUGCUGAUAAUUGGUGGUUCUCAAUGGAGGAUAGAUGGAAAUGAGCUAAGUGGUCACACAAAAAUGAGAAACGGUGGCAUGCCAUAUAUGGAUUAAACGACGUUGUAGUGUUGUCUGCCGUUACGUUGAGAACGUAGCAAUAAUCUUCAUUAUUAGGUGUGGGUUUCGCUCGUGCCCGCCGCAUUGAGAUGUCAGAUAAAUCGUAACUUAUUUGCAGCAAUCUACGCCGCCACAAUGACAAGCGAGGCCCAGAACUGGAGCGGGUGGCAUUGCAUGAAAUCACGGUGAAAUUUUACGUAAUCAGCAGCAUUACCACAGCAGGAACGACGCUUCAAUUACAUAGUAUAAUUGAAACCACCCUAUGGUAUAAGUGGUGGUUUAGUUAUCAUUCAUUAUAACAGUCGCGUGUAGAGCGAUUAUGUGGACUAGCGCGUAUUUCUGACUUGCAUACAGUACCACAGGAAAAAGAGCGGUUACCGUUCGUUAAAUGUAACGUCGUGCAAUAACUCUAUUGAAUUGAAGGAAUGCGUCGACAGGAUCGCGCAUCAGUUCAUGAAAAAUGAUCUAGCCGUGAGCUGAAAGAAAGCAGCUCCGUUGUCUCCAGCUCGGGGAGCUGCGUUGUGUCGAAAUGAACUGUUUGUAGGUUGUCGCUUUAAUCAUGCGCAUGAUGCCUGGCCAUAAUAUGCAAGUGUUGUUACGCGGUUUUCUUUUUAUACAAGGUACACAACAUUAAAUGGCUGGCUCAGUAACUCAGCA